CCUUUUUAUACAUUUUUCUAGAUACUUGCCAUGAUUUCAAAUACAACACUUGGUAUAGUAGCUGCUACAGGUCUAGCGUUUGUAGGCUACUGUGUUUACUUCGACAGAAAGAGGAGGAGUGAUCCGCUAUUCAAACAGAAACUCAGAGAAAGAAGGAGAAAGAAUAACAAAGGUGGAAAAGGGAAGAGCUCUUCUAGUGGUGGAACGUCCCAGUUCCCUGAUUUGAGGGACACUGAUGCUAUGCAAAAAUUCUUCUUGGAGGAAGUACAACUGGGAGAGCAACUUUUAGGAGAGGGUGAUAUUGAAGGUGGGGUGGAACAUUUGAGUAAUGCUGUAGCAGUAUGUGGACAACCCCAACACUUACUAAGUGUUCUCCAACAGACUUUACCUCCCCAGGUCUUCCAGCUCCUCAUACAGAGACUCCCAGCAGUUUCACAGAAAAUAGUGGCAAGUGCAGGAGGGGGAGGAGUAGGACCAGCUGGAGCAGCCCCAAUGGGAAUGUCAGAUGAUAUUGACUUGGAGUAGAACAAUUUAGUAUGGAGUGUUGACUUGGAGUAGAGCAAUUCGGUAUUGACAUGACAUGGAGGGCAUAAACAGAACAAUAAAUCAAUAGACAGUUUCUUUACAAUUGCUAAUAUGAAAGUCCUGAACUGUGGAAAUUAAAGUUGCAGACUUAAAAUGAAUUAGGUCUGUAAAGUCGUUACAGAAGGCCUGUAUGUGAUUUUAAUCAAAAAGAAUUGAUAGUAAGUUUAUCAGAUUCAGUUUUCAUUGAAAAUCAGGUUUUGUAAUUCAGAACAUGGCAAAACAAAAUUAUGUAAAAUUAUCAAAAUCAAAAAUACAAAUUAAAUAA